AUGGGACCUGGUGAAACAGUUAAUGACUACACAAAACAAUUACAUGAAGAGUUUGAUAUGGUAGUAGGUGAAGUGGAUUGUUAUCUUGGCUUGCAAUUCCAAAGAUUUAAUUACUGUAUGAAGAUUAAUCAGACUACAUAUGUGAAAAGAGUGUUAGCCAAGUAUCAUAUGACUGAUGCAAAGCCAAUAUCAUUACCAAUUAAGCCUGGAUUGAUACCUGGUAAUUCACCACCAGCUACUGCCACAGGCGCUUACCAAGAAAUUAUAGGCAGUCUCACAUAUUUAACAUUGGGGACAUGUCCAGCUCUAGCAUAUGCUGUAAAUGUUGCUUCAAGAGCACACGAUUCGCCUAACAAAGCACACCUAACAUUAAUCAAACGAAUUCUUAGCUAUUUGAAGGGUGCAGAAAAUGAUGGAAUCCAGUUUAGGAAAACGAACAGUUCUGAUAUAGAAGGUUAUAGGAAUGCUGAUUAUACAGAUGAAAAAUUGACUAGACGUUCAACAAAUGGAGUUUUAAUGAAGUUUUGUGGUGGACCAGUAUUGUGGUAA